GCCGGGGGCGGUCCCUGGGCUCCCGCUCGCCGCUCCGGGUGCGCUGCUCGCUCCGCAGAGGCUGGCGCGGGUGCCGGCGGCAGGAGGCGCCGCGGGAUGUGCGGCUGGGGGCUGCUCUUGCUGUGGGGGCUGCUCCCCGGGGCGGCGGCGGGGGGCUCGGGCCGGACCCUCCCGCACCGCACGGUCCUCGACUCGGAGGGCAAGUACUGGCUGGGCUGGGGCCAGCGGGGCAGCCGGCUCGCCGUCCGCCUCGAGGUGCGCACCGCCGGCUACGUGGGCUUCGGCUUCUCGCCCACCGGGGCCAUGGCCGCGGCCGACAUCGUCGUGGGCGGGGUGGCCCACGGGCGGCCCUACCUCCAGGAUUAUUUUACAAAUGCAAAUAGAGAGUUAAAAAAAGAUGUUCAGCAAGAUUACCACCUAGAAUAUGCCAUGGAAAAUAGCACACACACAAUAAUCGAGUUUACCAGAGAACUGCAUACAUGUGAUACAAAUGACAAGAGUAUAACGGAUAGCACCGUGAGAGUGAUCUGGGCCUACCACCACGAGGAUGUGGGAGAAGCUGGCCCCAAGUACCACGACUCCAAUCGAGGCACCAAGAGUCUGAGGUUAUUGAAUCCUGAGAAACCCAGCGUGCUGUCUGCGGCCUUACCAUACUUUGACCUGGUAAAUCAGGAUGUCCCCAUCCCAAACAAAGAUACAACAUAUUGGUGCCAAAUGUUUAAGAUUCCUGUGUUCAAAGAAAAGCAUCAUGUAAUAAAGAUUGAGCCAGUGAUACAGAGAGGCCACGAGAGUCUGAUCCACCACAUCCUGCUCUAUCAGUGCAGCAGCAACUUCAACGACAGCAUUCUAGACUUUGGUCACGAGUGCUACCACCCUAACAUGCCUGAUGCCUUCCUCACCUGUGAAACCGUGAUUUUUGCCUGGGCCAUUGGUGGAGAGGAUUUUUCCUAUCCACCUCAUGUUGGAUUAUCCCUUGGGUCCCCAUUGGAUCCGCAUUAUGUGCUCUUGGAAAUCCAUUAUGACAAUCCAACAUAUGAGGAAGGCUUAAUAGAUAAUUCUGGGCUGAGGUUAUUUCAUACGACGGAUAUAAGGAAAUAUGAUGCCGGGGUGAUCGAGGCUGGCCUCUGGGUGAGCCUCUUUCAUACCAUUCCCCCGGGAAUGCCAGAGUUCCGGUCCGAGGGUCACUGCUCUCUGGAAUGCCUAGAAGAGGCUUUGGAAGCUGAGAAGCCAAGUGGAAUCCACGUGUUUGCUGUGCUGCUCCACGCCCACCUGGCUGGCAGAGGCAUCAGGCUGCGUCAUUUUCGAAAAGGGAAGGAAAUGAAAUUGCUCGCCUAUGAUGACGAUUUUGAUUUCAAUUUCCAGGAGUUUCAAUAUCUAAAGGAGGAACAAACAAUCUUACCAGGAGAUAACCUAAUUACUGAGUGUCGCUACAACACAAAAGAUAGAGCUGAGAUGACUUGGGGAGGACUAAGCACCAGGAGUGAAAUGUGUCUCUCAUACCUUCUUUAUUACCCAAGAAUUAAUCUCACUCGAUGUGCAAGUAUUCCAGACAUCAUGGAACAACUUCAGUUCAUUGGUGUUAAGGAGAUCUACAGACCAGUCAGGACCUGGCCUUUCAUUAUCAAAAGUCCCAAGCAGUAUAAAAACCUUUCUUUCAUGGACGCAAUGAAUAAGUUCAAAUGGAAUAAAAAAGAAGGUCUCUCCUUCAACAAGCUGGUCCUUAGCCUGCCGGUGAACAUGAGAUGUUCUAAGACAGACAACGCAGAGUGGUCGAUUCAAGGAAUGACGGCAUUACCUCCAGACAUAGAAAGACCGUAUAAAGCGGAACCUGUGGUGUGUGGAACAUCGUCUUCCUCUUCUCUGCACAGAGCUCUCUCCCUCCAGCUGCUCGCGUGCCUUACACUACUCUGUGGCGUGCUGAGCACCAAGUGCUUGUGACUAAACCUCUGCUGUCCUUGGUGACUAUGUUUUCUGUGGUCUGAUCCUGCCAUUUAAAGCACGGGCUAAAGACCGUGUCCACUUUGGGCAUGAAGAGAUGGGCGUGAAGAGUGCGAAGACUUUUCUUCCACAUUUUCCCCUCCUCUCUCCUUCCCAGUCUACCUGAGAGACACCAACUGGGGUCUCUUCUUUUCCUUAGAAGUGUAUAUACAAUAGCCAACAAAACUGGCCUGACUUAACAUAACCAUUUUUAAAAAUUGGACAGUCAAAUGGAAAUAAAAGAAUUCUUUUUUCCU